AUGGAUCCAGACGCCAGUGUCCCCGGGGACCCCGCCCCCUCCCCCUUCAACUACGUCCUCUCCUUCCUGCUCGUCGGCGUCGCAUGGGGCUUCACCACCCCCUUUAUCCGCCGCGCGGCCGCCGAUUUCAACGCGCGACAGGAGAAAGCAUCUGGCAGCGCAACCUCCGACCGCGGGCGGUCGCAGCCACAACCACAGGCUGACUUCGCACUGGAUAGUGGAGAGGAAGAGCAGGUGUUACUUCCUCAGUAUGAGCAGGAGGGUGAGGGUGUCCGGAGGAGGAGUGGGAGUCGACAGCGCCAGGAAGCUCCAGGGUCAGCUGGCGAGGGGCAGGAGGGGAAUGUGGAUACUACGCCUGCGCCUGUGUGGUUGCAAUCUGCGUCUCAGCAGCAGUCUUGGGUGCGGACGAAGAUUGUCUCCAUCUUUUGGACUGUUGUGAAUCUUCUUCGGACGCCGGCGUACUCGAUUCCGUUGGUGAUAAAUCUGACGGGGAGUAUUUGGUUCUUUUUGCUUGUUGGGAAGCAUGAACUCUCCCUUACUGUGCCUCUGGCCAACUCGAGUGCCUUUUUGUUCACGGUACUUGGAGAAUGGUAUGUCGAGCGCAAGGUCGUUGCCAAAGAGACCUGGCUGGGCCUGGUCCUGGUCCUUGGUGGUAUUGCACUGUGUGUGCAUUCCAAGAACCAGACAGUCUAA